AUCAACCAUAAACUGAGCAUAAAGGGGUCCGUAUUGAAACUGGACCUUGAUAUAUAUUCAUGUGUCGCGGUUUCCUUGAUCACACCGUGUAAACAAUGGACGCAUUGUCUCGAUUAAAGUAAUUGUGUGACUUGAAAGAUGGGCACGCGGUGUUCGCGCCAGAUCGCUGCCGCUUACUCCACGGAUGACGUAACGCCUCCUUCUGGAACGCCCUUCUUUCAAAAAAUCCGAGACGCGCUCUGAUUGGCUGCGCGGGGGCCAUGUGACUAACGGUCGCGGGAAGUCCUUCUGCCACGCGCGUUGAUAGGAAAGGCUCAUUCAAACUUUUUGUGUGUUGUAAACAUUAGUGUGGGUUUUAUUGCGUGGUAAGACGUGUACCGUCGUGGGUGAGCCAUCGAGAGGUUAGUGACGGAUACCGAUACUCGACCGGACCGAGUAGUGCAUGUGUUUGUUCUUUAUUUUGUGUUUUAACACCGUCUUCGGGACGUUGUUCCUCUUCGCUACUCUGGGGCCAUUGCUCCGUGUUGGAUGGGCGUGUUGGAGGAGUUCGCACACGUUAACGUUUCCUGGGAUGGUAACUGACCUUUAAGCGACUCACGGUACUUUUUUGGACACUUGUACCGAUACCUUUUUAACUUUAAGGUAGUUAGAAGUUUACUAGCUUCGUGUUGUUUUUCUUAUUUUAGCGAGAAUCGUCACUGCUAACAGUAGUGGGGGUUCAACCACGUGAUUUUUUUUUAUUUUUCCCCGUCGACGACGACCCCGGGUGUUUUAAAAUCCUUACAAAAAUGUCGAGCUGCGGUCGACAUGGGCACGGAUCUCCUCCUAAAGCUCCGGUAAUAAUUCGGCAGAAGUUACAGUUCACGUGUAGCGACGGAGAGGACGAGCCCAUCGAGGACGUCAACAACAGCACCGGAGGAGAGUCCGGCUUCACGGAGAUGGACUCCCCGAUGCCAGUGCGACGGGACACGGUCGACAACGGUAACAGCAGCCCGCUGAACCAGUCCGACGUGGAGCUGUGGGACGAGGAGAGCUUCGGUUCUCCGUCUCACCUGCUGCGGUCACCGAGCAGCGUCGUCUUCGCCAACUGCUCGCCGUCGCCGCGGAAGGCUCUCUCUUCUCGGCUGUACGGAGCAGGAGGGUCAUCACCGGAGCGGUCUUUCGUGCAGGACGACGGGGACGGAUCCAGCUCUCCGAUCCCAGACUGUCCCGACACACCUCCGCACAAAACCUUCAGAAAACUCAGACUUUUUGACACACCGCACACACCAAAGAGCUUGCUGUCCAGAGCCAGGGCCUCCGGCUCGGGAUCCUCCAGCAGGAGAGUUGCCCUGUUCAAGAAUGUGGACCCUUCAGGAAAGUCACUCACAGACACCAGCAGGAGACAGCAGACCCCCCUGGUCAACUUUAACCCCUUCACACCCGACUCCCUCCUCAUCCAGUCUGCCACACAGCAGAGAAGCAGGAAGCGAGCACACUGGAAUGACUCCUGUGGAGAAGACAUGGAGGCGAGUGACGGUGAGGGAGAGGAGGAAGUCUUGCCACCAUCCAAGAGGAUCACCAUGAUGGAGAGCAACAUGAUGUCCAGGUACACCUCAGAGUUCCUCGAGCUGGAGAAGAUCGGCUGUGGAGAGUUUGGUGCCGUUUUCAAGUGCGUGAAAAGACUCGAUGGCUGCAUCUACGCCAUCAAGAGAUCGAAGAAACCUCUGGCAGGAUCAAUAGACGAACAGAACGCCCUGCGGGAGGUGUACGCCCACGCCGUGCUGGGCCAACACCCCCACGUGGUGCGCUACUACUCCGCCUGGGCCGAGGACGACCACAUGCUCAUCCAGAACGAGUACUGCAACGGCGGCACGCUCUCCGACGCCAUCGCCGAGAACUACAGGCGGCUCAGUUACCUGACCGAGCUGGAGCUGAAAGACCUGCUGCUGCAGGUCACGCGGGGACUCAAGUACAUCCACUCUACGUCUCUGGUGCACAUGGACAUCAAGCCCAGUAAUAUCUUUAUUUCACGGAAGUCUGUAUCCAGCUGUGAUGAAUGUGAUGAUGACGAGGGACUGACCACCAGCGUCGUCUACAAAAUAGGUGAUCUUGGUCAUGUGACACGAGUGAACAACCCUCAAGUGGAGGAAGGUGACAGCAGAUAUCUGGCCAAUGAAGUUUUACAAGAGGACUACAGUAAGUUGACCAAGGCGGACAUCUUUGCUCUGGCUCUGACCGUCGUCAGCGCCUCUGGGGCGGAGCCUCUUCCCACCAACGGAGACAAAUGGCACGAGAUCCGAGAGGGAAAACUGCCCGCCAUCCCACAAGUGCUUUCUCCAGAGUUUCUUAGUCUUCUCAAGCUGAUGAUCCAUCCCGAUCCAAGUAGACGGCCAUCAACAUCUGAACUCAUCAAACACCCGGUGCUCCUCACUGCUGCCAGAAUGAGUGCCGAUCAGCUCCGAGUCGAGCUCAACGCGGAGAAGUUCAAGAACGCGCUGCUCCAGAAGGAGCUGAAGAAGGCCCAGCAGGCUCGAGCUGCAGCCGAGGAGAAGGUUUUGUCCACCGACAGGAUCCUGACCCGCUCCACAGUCCAGUCGAAUCCCAGAACCUCCAGACUCAUCGGCAAGAAGAUGAACCGGUCGGUCAGCCUCACCAUCUACUAAUGCGUCAAUCCACCCAGACAGGAAGUGAAACACGAAGGCUCAUGGACCUAUUUAAUCAAAACCCAUUCAGAUUGAAUUGGUCUCUUUACGUUUUUAUUUUCAAAGUGAACACUCAGUCGUGGUGGAACUUGAACUCAUCUCCAUAAACUCUCAUUGCCAACAUGGUUCAGCCCUUCUUUUUUUUUUAUCCAAUGGACUUCUACUGUCAUUCCUGAAAGGUAGUUACUUUACCUUUUUUUACACUUGGUCAUUCCUUAAGAUAAACGUCGGGCUCUAUCACCAUUUCUGUCCUUGCACUUCCUCUUCGACAAAGCCGAAGCCUGUUGGCAGCGGAUCGGAGCCGCAGUGAAGCUCUCUUCAGUGUGAAUGUACUUGCCGUGCGCACCUUACUGCCUGUCAAAUGCCUGAUGCUGGGUACCAGGGGGUCUGAGAACUGACAAUUUCUGUGUUUGUAUGGAGCACUUUGGAGGAAACACCUGGAACUUGCCACAUUUUUUAUUUUUUUUUUAAAGAGAAAAGGAAAACCUGCUGCUAUUGAUGUUUUGUGUGUAUCGGGGUUUGGCCCAUUUCAGGUUGGAUCGUUCUGGAGGUCAUUGGCUCUUAUUUUAACGUAGCAGGAGUCUGUCGUCCCCCCCCCCGUUUAAUGUCUAUUCUUCUGGUUGGAUGGAAAAUAGAUAAUACCGUUUGAGCAAAAAAUCAUUCGUUUUGUUUUGAAGUACCAAAACCAGUGAGCGAACUCAUUAUCUGCGAGGUUAGAACUGAUCCAUAGUGUUUUAAUUACCCUGUUGAUAGGUGCUGCCAACCCUGCCUGUAGCAUUAGAACAAUCAUCGUCCUGUUCUUUAGGUUCUCAUGUGUUCUGUUAUUUUAUUUUUCCCACAAUGCUAGUCUUCUAUUUCUGGUUCGAACAGUUUUCCUCAUUUUUUUUCUUUUUUCUUUUUUCUUGUAACCUCAAACACAAAACAACCUUUGUGUUGUUAACCUUGUACAUAUGUUCUUUUAAUAAAUUCUUACCAUCUACACUUUGUGUACUGUUCACUGUGUGAAUGUGUGUUGGAGGAUCAAAUCUGACAUUGCAGUCACAAUAAAAUACAUUCCAACAUCUAAACAUGUUGAAACUGGUUUUCUCCCAGUCUUGCUUUAACUGAACUUGGAAUCUCUAACUAAAGUGUUGUAAUGCUUACUGGAUGCAUGUACGGCAUAUUUACUUAAAGUGUAGCCACUGACAAAAAUGUCAUAG